CUUCUGAUAGAGUCGUUGCGAAUGCCUUUUGUUUAUUUAUUAGCAGCGGUGUUGCUGAUUCACACGAAAGAAAAUCCGCAAUGAAUUUACAAAAAUAAGUAGAUAUCUAUGUAGUAUUUCCUAAUGAGAUAAUUAUGCAACUAUUUAAAACUAUUUGUUAAGUAUUUUCUAAUCGACGCAGAUGAAUACAUUUUUAAUAUCCAAUGUUGACAACGUUUUACAUUAAGAAAUCGUUAGUUGGAUAGUUUUAAAUCGGCCUUAAUAUUAUUCUUAAAUAUUUUAGGCAUUUUCAAAAUUACUUACAUAUAAUCUAUACUAAUUGUAAUACUAUAAAUAACAUUCAUUUACAUACUUCUUUAUAGUAAUUUAUUGUAACGAAACGUGUCGUUAAAAAUUACACGAUGUUCUUUAUUAUUGAUUAGUAUGAUUACGAUCUGUAAACCCCAAAAUAUAUUUCGAUAAUCUUGAAGUUUCUUAAUGUCUACCAUCUUAAAAUUAAACGUUUUGUAUAGGUGAAUUUGCAACACCAACUUAGAAGAAUGAUUAAUAUUGUCCCUUAAUUUUCUGGUUAUAAUAGUGCGAAUAUUUUUUUUUUAUUUCACCUAUUAGUGUAGUUAUCUCAAGUUUUCGAUGUACAUUUGCUGCCUGGUUAAAUUGUUGCCCUUCGUUUUUGUGCUUCUCUAACUUCUUUGUCAUAUUAAAAAUAGUGGUAGAGGAUUAUCAACCAAUGCCAGCGAGGGUUUUAUGAUUUGUAUAUUGGCAAAUUUCAGAUUUCAAGAUAAAAUAGAUUAUCAUUUGCAUGUUGAAAUUAUUUAUUACUGAUAAUAUUUUGUAUUACAUACAUAUUAUUUCGUAUUGCUGCUAAUGCAAUAAUUAAUAAUCGCAUUGCAAUAUUGAAGACUAUUGUAUAACAACACUAUUGCGUUAACAGGCAUUGGACGGACACUUGAUAUUGGACAAACGACCUCAUUAAACUGUGUUGUUAAUUACCUGUGACGUUUUAUAUCAAUAUAGAGAUAAAUAUUAGUUGUUUCAACGCAAUAGCUCUUGGGUAACAAUAAUAAUUGUAUUAAUUUUUUGGGAGAAAACGCUCUUGGUUGAAUAUCUUUCAAUGUCCAAAUAAUAGGGUUUUAACAGUACCUAAGCUAAGAAAAGUACCAUCAAAUUUUAAUGAAAAUCAUUGCUCGAAACCAUCAAAAGUCGAUAGAUAAGCUGAGGAUGAAUGAAAUGGGUGAACGUGUAUUUAAUUGGACAAAAUUUUACGUGUAUCCUUGGUUAAUCGUUUUCUUAUUGAAAUGUUGUUUAUCAUGUUUAAAAAUCUUAAUUUGUAGUAGUGAUGUAUUAAUUAUCGUAAUUAACGAUAAAAUAGUCAGUUUAAGAAAUCAAACGUUUUAAAAAUAAAAUUUAUUAAGGUCAAUUGCAUAUUUGAAAGAUAGUGAUAAUUAAAAGGAUUAAAUUGGGGAUUAUUCAAUGAUAAUGGUUUUAUUUUGUUAUUAAAUAGAUAACUGUUGAGAUAAAACUUUUAGUUACUACAAUUAGUAUGUCGCAAAUAAUAGUUUCAUAUACAUAUAUGUACGAAUUUAAUGAUGAUCUCUUUGUUAUAAACAGUUUUAGGAAGACAGUAGCAAAAUAUAGUAUCUACGUGCUAAUAAAUGUGUAUGUUAAGCGUCGUAUUUUAAUGAAAUUUCUUCGCUUUUUACGGUUUUUUUUACCAUCUUUUUCUACGUCUCAAUUAUACUCAUCGUGAUUAAAAUAACUCUCGAGUGCUUCGAACUUGUAAAUAUAUGUUUGUUUCAGCGAUUAAUGCCAUGUAAAGAACUCUUUAAUUACUAUGUGCAUGCGUCAAUUUAUUGUUGUUGUUUACUAUUUCGAUUAAGUAAUGUCAUCACCAAACGCCACCAAUCAAGACGGUUAAUUUUAACCGUGUAAUAUGUUUAAAUGUAUAUGGGUAUCUUUCUAUGUUUGUCUCCAAUUCGUCUCCUGUUAAAGUCAACCGAUGCUCGUCACUCAUUUAACGCUCGCCGCCGACUCGUCUUCCGAUAGUCCACUCAUUUGAUGCUCAUGUCCUAUUACUGCACUCAUUGGAUACACAUCUUCUGCUGUUGCGCUUAUUCGAUGCUUGUCUUCAAUUUGUCUCAUGUUGAAAUCAAUCGAUGCUCGUCACUCAUUUAACGCUCGCCGCCGACUCGUCUUCCGUUGUUGCACUCAUUUGAUGCUCAUUUAUUACUGCACUCAUUCGAUACUCGCCUACUACUGUUGUGCUCUUUCGAUGCAUGUCUCCUGUCGAAGUCAAUCGAUGCUCAUUACUCAUUUAACGCUCGCCGCUGACUCGUCCUCCGUUGUUGCACUCAUUUGAUGCUCAUCUCCUAUUACUACACUCAUUCGAUACUCGUCUUCUGCUGUUGCUCUUAUUCGACGCUUGUCUCCAAUUCGUCUCCUGUUGAACUCAAUCUACGCUCGUCACUCAUUUAAUGUUCGCCGCUGACUCUCCCUUCGUUAUUCCAUUUAUUUAAUGUUCAUGUUAUAUUCGCCUCCUCUUCCUAAAUGUGAAACAACUUCCAACGAUCUCAAAUAAACGGUUAUGCACUUAAAAUGCCCAUUUAAAAUCUUUGAUUUCCUUAAAACCUAUGCGGAAAUGAGUAAAUAUUUUCGAAUUUUAUAUUUUCUAGUGUAUAACUGCAUUUUGUUUGUUACAUUAAUACAUAUCUAGAGUAAUCGUUGAAUCUAUUUUCGGUAAUACCGGCAGAAAUGUUCUAAAUAUCCAAUAAAUAGGCCAUGAAUUCUUAAAAGUGCCUCCAAAGAUAUACUUAGCACUCUUUAAUAUACGCAUUUAAACAACUUAACGCGUUCAAUUUUGAGCAUCUGUAAUAAGUAUUCGUAUCUUUAUAGGACACAAUAAUAAUUCUUAAGACUCUUUGUGGUAUUUUUUGACUACAUAGAUAGGAUAAGUAACGGGUGAACCAUUUAUUCUCAUAUUGCGGAGUUUAUUUUAAUAUGCAUUUUUUGAACCGUUUAGCGACUGGUAUCUCUAUAUUUAUUGCAAGAUAAUAAAUUCUCUAUUAAAUAAUCGCGUAAUGGUUGUCCAAUAUUUUCAUGUCGUUUUGGCAAAAACAUCUUUGUGUCGUCCGAAGUAUUAUUAUCGUAAACGGAUUACGCAGGUUGUUGAAAAUAGACUCUGAUCCUUAAAAAAAAAAACUAAAAAGAGAAAAAUUGUCUACACUUACCGAUAUGCAAUAGAUAACGCAAACAUAUAUUGCAUAUGUGUUAUUGUUAAAUACAGUUGAUUGCAUUCGUCCUUGGCAUUUUCAAACCAGAAUCGUAAUCAUUUGUUAAUAGCCAAGAGAAGAAGUAAUCAACACCAUUUACAGACAAUAAUUGAUAUCAAUAUCAUAAUAAACUUCACUGACUAAUCAUUAGUUAAUUUUUGCAUUCAUAUUUUUUUGAAUGACCUUUACAAAAAAAAAUUGUUCUGAUAGGUCUAAGAAUUAGUUCCUUCACCUUAACAAGGAAUGUUCUCCUUUUUGUGUCAACAUGUUUCUUGUUUACGUACUGAAAAAGUCAAGUUAUGCCAAAGGGCUGCAAGGUACUUGCGUCUCUCUGGAGUACGAAAUAAUUAGGAAAAAGGCUGGAAAAAAAUCCUUACGAAAAUCGUGUUUUUUUCAAAGUGGGCCUCUCUAAAAAUAGUAAAGGGCCCAUGAGUGGAUAAUUCAGAGAGUGCCACAAGCAUGUCACAAUUCACUUUUUUGUUUUGUGUGUUGAAAAUGAAGUUACAGUGAAACAAUUUACUUUUCAUCGGAUCCUUGUGUCGAUCAAUGAAGCCGUUUUUAAGUAUAUUAUAUCUCUCUUCUCUUCUUCCUAUUAAUACUGAAUAUUCAACCUUCAGUACGUGUUUCAAGGAUUGUUUUGUGUGGGUUGUUCUUAAUAAAGCCACACCGUGGCUCAUUUCUUUGUUUAUUUUUAAAGAAAAACGCGAAAUUAUUCAUCGCUUUAUUUCGUACUUUCCGUACAAAGUAGAGACCUAAAUAUAAUCGAAUGCGUGUAUUGAAAUUCAAAUUACAUAAGAGGCAUUAACUGAUAGAUACAUAAAUAGGGACAUUUUUUUUUAAUAAUUUUAUGACAUUUAGGUCUUUUUGAUAAUCGCUUGAUUGUAAGUAUGUGUGUGUGUGUCUUAAUUUACGUAAUUUUCUCUCUUUUUCUCACAACAUAACAUAAAAUGCGACCAAUUGCAACAGCGACACGUCCCAGCAGCCACAACGUCGAGAAGAUUAUUUUUAGUUUGACGGUAUUUGGCAGAGACGCCGGCUACGAUCGCGUUCGUCGUUUUCAGUCGUCCCGACGCCCGUGUCGCGACCUGUACUUAUUUAAUAACUAUUUUAAUACGAUACGCAAAUUCUGAACGGUUGAUAAUUAAUUAAUUCUUGACGCGUCCGUCGUUUUAUAAGUGGUAGUGUGAGGGUGAACCGAUCCCGAUAUAUUUUAUUAUGAACGAGGGUUUUACCGAUGUUCGCUUCCGCCCUUUCCUAUUCCCGUCUGCGUCCGACUUAUUACGACGACGAUAACGAUUAUCAUCGCCACAGUAGCCGAUACAAGCCCACUUUGACCAGCUCGUCCACCUGGAGCAAUCCGAGUGCUAGCGCGAACGGGGAUCUAUCAUGGUCCCGUAGAUCCGCGACCACCACCAAUGUCCCCAAGCGAUUGUCCAGUGCCAGCUCGAUGGCAUCUUCGGGCACCGCUUCUUCUUCGACGCCCCGGCGUCAAAGAUACGCUCGUUCGUCUACGACAAGCGUCACCCAACUUUUGAGCGAUUCGUGCUCGAGUCUUUUGCAAAGACUAACGACUAAAGUGCGAGGACCUUCCGAGACUAAGCCUUCGGUAACGAGGAACCCUCUGACCACCAGUUCAAGCGUUAGCCAUGUAGGUUUAGGGACGUCCCCGUCUUGUUCUUCUGGAAGCAGCAGCAGCGGCGGUUUGAGAAACAAGUUCCUCGAUGAUAAGUACACGUCCGUGUUGGAGAGAGUUUAUGGAAGGAGAGAUAUCGAGCGGACCAUCGAACCGUCCGUUGGUAGAUCGUUGGCGAAGAGUGCGACCAGUUCGAGUGUUUUAUUGUCUGAGAAAGCGUAUCCUUAUGUGUCUUCAAUGACGGUGAAUAAUCACUACGGUCGCGAUAAAACUCCUUAUCGCAGCGGGGAAUCGAAUAAUAAUAAUAACAACAACAACAAAAGUACCAUUUAUAAUAAGCACAACCACCAUUACCACCACCAUCACGUCGAUUCCCACAACUACCCCGAACCUCCGUAUUCGUACCUUGAUAGGGAUUCUGUAUACCGUAUCCGACACAGAUCGAAUCAUUCCGAAUUGAGACCCAGGAGGUCAACAAAACCUUUCCGUUCCGGGAAGAGCGAGGCUUCGGACAGGCGCGCCACCACCUGCCUCAAACUCCAACCUGUGGACAUAUCGUUGAGCGACACAGAGAACGUGGACACAACGAAUAUCAUUACGACUACAGCCACCGCGAACAGUCUUCGUGUCAAGUCGAAAGAUGAAGAAGACGACGACGUCACACCGACGCCGUCGAAUCCUCCGGACGCUGCUAUUUCCGAAAGGGAAGCGAAACGGAAGGAGAUCCAGUCUCUGAUCCUUAAAUAUUCGGCUCUAGACGAGGCGUAUAAUAAGCGGACGGACGCGAAGAAGAAUGCGGCAGAGGGUGUCGUAGAUGCGGACGUACCCGUUAGCGCCGCGACGGCAAUCGCAAGAAAAUACCACUCGCGACUAGCUGCGGUCAGUUCUAGAGCUCCAUCGGUGGAAGAUGAUGAGGAAGGCCACCUGAUUUACAGAGCGGGAGAUGUUCUGCAAGACCGAUAUAAAAUUCUUGGCACCCUCGGCGAAGGAACAUUUGGCAAAGUUGUCAAAGUUAAAGAUAUAGACAUUACCCCUAUAACAGAAAAGAUGUCCUCACGUUUCAGAGAGCAUAUCAUGGCCCUGAAAAUAAUCAAGAAUGUGGAGAAGUACAGAGAGGCUGCAAAACUAGAAAUAAAUGUGCUUGAAAAACUUGGCGAUAAAGAUCCUGAAAGUUUGCAUUUGUGCGUUAGAAUGUUGGACUGGUUCGAUUACCAUGGUCAUAUGUGCAUAGCUUUCGAAAUGCUCGGCCUGAGUGUUUUCGAUUUUUUGAAAGAGAACAAUUACUAUCCAUACCCAUUGGACCAAGUGCGGCAUAUUGGUUAUCAGUUGUGUUAUGCAGUUAAAUUUUUACACGAUAACAAAUUAACCCAUACAGAUCUCAAACCAGAGAAUAUCCUCUUUGUUGAUUCCGAUUAUGACGUAGUUUAUAGUACCAAAAAGCGAAGAGACGUAAGGAGAGUGAAAAGAACUGAUGUAAGAUUAAUUGAUUUUGGUAGUGCGACUUUCGACCACGAGCAUCAUAGUACAAUUGUCUCGACGCGACAUUACAGGGCGCCGGAAGUCAUUUUGGAAUUGGGUUGGUCGCAGCCUUGUGAUGUGUGGUCGAUUGGAUGUAUUCUCUUCGAACUCUAUCUUGGCAUUACGCUGUUCCAAACCCACGACAACAGGGAACACUUGGCGAUGAUGCAGAGGAUAUUAGGGGAAUUACCGCUAAGGAUGGCAAGAAAAACAAAAACGAAAUAUUUCUAUCGUGGAAAACUCGACUGGGACGAUAAAAGUUCUGCUGGUCGAUAUGUCAGAGAUAAUUGUAAACCACUUUUGAGGUAUAAACAAAAUGAUGAAAGCGACCACGCACAGCUAUUCCAUUUGAUCCAAAGGAUGCUGGAGUAUGAACCAUCAGAACGGAUAACGUUAAGGGAAGCCCUCAUGCACCCUUUCUUCGACAAAAUCCCUGCGCACCAACGUUUGGGUAAUUUUAACGUCGACAGAUGUGGAACGGCGGGGGGCAGGAGCGGGCUGAACGCAAGCAGCCCCCGCCGGCGACUGUCAUCGGGCGACACGCGAAGAGUGACACUUGUCGAAGAAUUUGAGGAUUAUGCAUAAUGAUGAAUGGUGAUUGGUGAAGAUAUGGAGAAGUUCAUUUGUCGCUUUUGAUUUUUCUCUUUUUUUUUUUACGCGAAUGAAUUGUAAGAAAAUUAAUAACGUGUGACCCGCGCACGUUGCCGUGUGUCGUUUAUUAAUUAUUAUUGUAGAUGAUGUGUAUAAAAAAAAAAUCAAAAUGGGAGGAAGGCCAGUUAAUAUUUAACUGCCUACCUAAAAUGGAAAAUCUUUAGAUUGGUUCGUGAACAGAUGCUUCAAUGUUAUGUAAUUAAGUUUAUUAAUGUAUAUAGUACAUAUAGUACAUAAAUAUGAAUAAAUAUGAUUUUUACAAUACC